AUACAGUGAUAGUCGACUUUAUUGCUCCAUACGGCUGGGAAAAUGUUUCAGCUGGGACCAAAAAUCAUCUUAUUGCUUCUCCUUGCUUUCCCGGCUGCCCUCGUCGGCUCAGUAGGGACAGUAUCUGCUCAGGAACAAGACGGGGAUGUGGCCCCAGACUCUACUCUGGAAGAGGAAGAUGAGGAGGAGGAGGAUGAGGAGGAGGCAGUGAUUGAUGAAGCCAGCACCACAGAAACAGAGAAUGAGGACCUACAAGAUGACUCAUCCACAGCAGAAGCUACCUCCCAUCCCGAUGCUGACACCACUAUUGUCUUUGUGACUGGGGAAGAGUUCCCAGCCAAUCAGAUUGUGAAGUUCCUUGUUGGUCUCACCAAUAAGGGCAGCAAGGACUUCAUUGUGCAGUCUCUGGAAGCUUCCUUCCACUACCCCCAGGAUUUCCAGUUCUACAUCCAGAACUUCACAGCACUGCCUCUGAGCACCGUGGUGCAGCCAGAGAAACAAGCCACCUUCGAGUACUCCUUCAUCCCUGCCGAGCCCAUGGCCGGACGCCUCUUUGGACUGGUCAUUGAGCUCCACUACCAGGACAGCAAUGGAAAUGUGUACCGUGAUGCCGUCUUCAAUCAGACUGUCACUAUCGUCGAGCUGGACCAGGGGCUAGAUGGACAAACCGUGUUCCUGUACGUGUUCCUCACUGGGCUUGUGAUGCUGGUUCUAGUUGGAAUUUACCAGGUUCUGGAAACGCAAACGAGGAAGAGGUCAGCGGUGAAGGUGGAGACGGGCACAGGGACCAUGAAUGACGUGGAUAUCAGCUGGAUCCCGCAGGAGACUCUCAAUGUCAUGAACAGGGCGUCCCCGAAAGCUUCUCCCAGGAAACGCACUAAGAGAGCAGUCGGCACCGACCAGUAAGCCUCCCUCCCUCCGCGGGAUCCUGGAUUGGAGGCAGACGCUCCUGAACCCAGAGUCUAUCCACACCCACCUCAUGGGACUUCACCUCCAGGACUCUGGACAGAGCUGCAGCCCUCAGCCUCAGCAGCUCUCUCAUGUUCUUAUUUUCAAUUGAGACGCACAGUCUGUGCAUACAAGGGGUAUUGAUUGAUAGCUGGCAAAUACCUUGAGCUGUACUGAACAGGCACGUCCAUUUAAAACUCACAACAAUCCAACAAACAAGAGACAAAGGUAUUGUAAAACUUGUUGAUGGAAGCCAAUUUUCUGUUUUGAUUUCUUCAAGUUUCCCUCUGGGUUAGAUUUAUUAAGCUGUUUUCAUGUUUUUUUUUUUUUUUUUUUUUACUGGUAUGAAAGUUUCAAAUUAAUAUUGAGGUUUCUAACUGUGACACAAAUAAAAAAAAUAAAUAAAUCACAAGUAGGAGCACUGAAAACCAGUUUAGUAAAUCUAGCCCUUCUUGCUAAAGAUCUGCUCUAGAUUAAGAUUGCCAUUUGUGGUCAGUCCCUUUCAAUUCUGACCUGAACAUUAAACUGUACAAUAUAGACACUUGUCUAUCUGCAUAAAAUACACCUGCAAUAUACACACACACACAGUUUUACACACAGCUGUGACUAAACCUGUAUUGCCAGCCCAUCAUUAGACCUUGUAGUCUGUCUGUAGCGCUGUUAAGAGAGGAGGCAGCUAUACACACUGUAAAUACUGGUCUCUGAAUAUGGUUGUAAAUGAAUUCGUAGAAAGAUUAAAUUGUAUUGUUCGUGGUAUUCAAAUAUUGAAUUCAGACAGUGGUGUGCAAAUUUAUUACAACACCAAGAUUUGUCAUUUAUACCCUUUAUACCUACCUGCAUGAAAACCUCAGGG